GUGACGCUCUGUGCGUAAGACAUCUUAGCAGGCUAGGUGGUGUGACGAACAUAAAAAGCGCCCACAGCACGCUAUACUUACAAGGACAGUGCCCCGUAGACACUGUAGUAGGUUACAGUUAUUAACAUAGCAAUGAAUCUUAUAACAACAAAUGCAGUGCGCGUGUUUUCAUCGCUCGAGAGAUCGGCUUAGGAGCAGGUUGCGUCAUCUUUUUUCCAGGAUGUGGCUGCAUUACUCGUAACUGACCAGAGAUGGGACUCCAGGUUUUGUUGUACUGGCCGAAUGUUAUCGGUUACAUUAGGAUUGGUCUCAUGUUUGCUGCAUGGGGUACCUAUGAGACACCAGCAGUGUUUGUCCCUCUUUACUCAGUCUCCGUAGCACUUGAUGGAGUGGACGGGUGGCUGGCGAGGAGGCUGGGCCAGAGCUCCAGGUUUGGGGCUUGGCUGGACGUAGUGGUGGACAACCUGGGCAGAGGCAUGCUGUGGAGCCUGCUGUUUAAGUGGGGUUGGCUGGUGUCAGCACUCGAGUGGUGUGUGUUUGUGUGUAACCACAACACCAGAGGUGGCCACUGGAAGAACAGCUUCACCAGCGGCCCUGGACUCAUACAGGCCAUCAUGGCAAACGGGUUUUGGACACUGCUGGGCACAUGGGUAGUGAUGGGCCUGCACUGCCUCCCUCUGUGGUUGUAUGGGUAUCAGUGGGAUUUACUAUCUCACUGGUUCUAUCUGCCUCUCUGGAUCCAGGCUCUGGGGAUUAUGCUGCUGGCUGCAGGUCGCCUGCUGGCGCUAUCAGCGGAGAUAUGGUGUAUAUGGACACACAUUGAAUAUCUCAUCAGUGAUGAUCCAGAGGAGAAAAAGAACUGAAAGUCACUGAACAGGAUCAACUUACACUGUCCUGGCUUUCCAUCACUUUUAUAUCAACAGUGACAUUAGGUCACAAAUGACUUUCUCCAAAGCUGAAAAAAUCUGUCACUGCUGUGGAAGAAUGUGGUAAAAUGUCUAUUUACUUUCAUUAUUACUCACCAUAUUGGAUGUAUCUGGGCAUUAAUAUUAAUAUAUGUGGCUGUUUUACAGGUAGAAGAUGACAGUGAAAUUAUCUGAGAUACAAGGUGUGGCUCAUCUGAACUUUUUGACCCUGACUCUAACAGUGAAGCAGUAACAAGACAACAGUGAAACAUCCCCGCAUCGCAUUUGGUGUCAGUCAUCUCAUCUGAACUCUUAGAGAGAAAGGAGAGAUCACAGCUUUACUGUAUUUGUCCAACUUUCUCAGCAAGCACACGCCCUUUGACCCUCCACCCCCUCCAGCACUGAAACUGUUUCAUUCCCUUUCAGUUAUCAGUAGAUAUUGUCAAGUCAAACCUUGUCGCCUACAUUCCAUCAGUCAGCUGAAUUCUCAGGGUCAUUAUUAAAGGCAAAACACCUCAAUACAAAUAAACACUGUUUAAAAAAAAUCACAUUUCUGAGUCUAUGUUUUUAACAUGUAUUUUCCUUUUUGCUGUUGGCCAAACAAAUGUGACAUCAUGGCAAGAUAGUUCAGUUAGUUUGAACAGAAAAUGUUUCCUGUCAAAAUCUGUGGAAAAGAGGAUCUUUCUAGAACUUUCACAGAUGGUACAGAGAAAAAUCCAUUGCAGAAGAUGCAGAAAUCUCUUGCCAAUAGCUUGAAAAUAGCAGCCUUAAUAGGCCAGAAUGCAAUUCAACAAGUUGAGAAAUGACCUUUGAUUAAAAGCAGUCAGUGUAGCAGUAUCUCAGGGUGGAUUUUGCAAUUAUUGAUUUUUAGGGACAAGAAGAUAUGUAUUGACCAUUGUAAUAAUGCCCAGCUCUACAGUACACUUCUCUGCAUUAUGGUACAAAUCUUAUCUUAAAUCUUCACCUGUUUGGAAAUACCAACUGCAGGUAUGCCCUGGACAAAAUUUCACCUGGAGGGAGGGUGUGUGUUGGGAAGGGGGUGCGCCUGUUGAAGCACCAAGAGUGUAGCUGAGCGUCCUUUUAAGGGGCUAAGGCUGGACCUCCUCAGCUGGAGCCACUCACUCACAUCACUGCUAGAGAGGGAGAUGUCCGACAGCACUGAAGCAACAGCAAGGCAAAGCUUCUUUUCUUCAUUCAUUAAAAAAAAAAAAAAAGUGGGGUACUUAUUAAAGGCAUCACAUUUUCAGUAAUGUUGCAGAUAUUAAUGCCUAAUUUACUUUUCUAGCUGGACUCUGUUUUCACGUUUUCCAUCACUGCGCAACUUUUCAGAGCAAAAUCUCAUCAGUUAUUUCUCUACACAACAAAUGCCAUGCUUAUCUUCAUUUAUCCAUUACUACACAGCUAUGACUUUUCAUUCUGCAUGACUUUAAAGGGUCAGUUUAUCCAAAUUAGUAGAAUCGUGUUCAGCCAUGCAGAUAGUUAUUCUCAUUCAGAUAUAACCAUCUCUGACAUUUAUGCCUCUGCCAAUGACAGUGAAUGCAAUUAGUAGUACUGAAAGUUUACAUUAAAAAAGAGGCAACAGCAAAAUUUCCUUUCAAGUGUCCCUCUGACUCCAGUUUUCAUACGGAUGGUUUUCACAGUUCCCUGUGAUGUUAAAACCAGAACUUUCUGCACAGCUAGACGCCACCAGAGCAAUCAGCGGUUCCCAACCUAGACCUUAGGAUGACAGGUCCUCAUAAACUCUUUAAUAGACUGAGAGGGUAAAAGCACUCUACAAAUGAUCUGCUCAAAACUCCGGCAUUCACUCAAAAACACAAAAGCAAAGUAGAUCUUGCUUUGCAUUAGGGGGCAAGAAACAGAGCUAGAAAGAAUAAUCAAUUAGGUCAAUAUAUUGGCUGAUAUUAUGUUAUUAGAUGGCAGGAAAAAUCAUAGGAAAUGUCAGUAGAGAAAUGCCAAAGAUAUGUUUGAGGUAAUUUAGACAGUGUUGCUAUUCCAAAGUUUAUCCACUUGAUCACUCACAACUUGUUACCCUGUAAAAAAUGUAAGCACAUAUCUUUGUUGAAAUUAACCAAAUGCAAGGGAUCCUCACAUCUGAAUAAUAUUGCACACUUCUGUUUAGGUUAUGUCUUUAUGUAUAAAGAAUGAACAGCAGAUACACAUUUUUAAACUCUCAAAUCUCAACACUGACCAGCCUAGAUCUGGUAAAGGUUUGGGAACCACUGCACUUCAGGUACGUGAGAACUUUUUUUUUUUUUUUGAACUGAUCCUUUAAAUGUGCAUGCAGGCCAGCAACUGUGGCCAACCAGCAAAGUCACUGAAGCAACAGACUGCUGGGAACGAUCAUUUUUACUGACGAGUAAUUACAAAGUGAGCGUCACAGCAUUAAAAUGUUGAGAAAGAUUUUUUCCUCAUUUAGCUCCGUAAUGAAACAAUAAAUGAGAUUUUGGUCAGAAAAAACUGACAGAAGCCGACGGAAAAACAGGCCCCAAAACAAAAAACCCUUUGCAUUAAUGGGAUAUCUGACAGGAUGGAGUGGAGAGGAAAGGCCAGAUGUACAGGUAGACAGGCUGACAACACACUCACUCUCUCACAUGCACACACUCACACAUGUACAAUAUUGGUCCCAUUGUAGUGCCCUUAAGGGUAUAAUAGUUUAUUUAGCACUUAAAAGUAUGGGUCCGUCUACAGACAGAUAACUGCAAGCUGGUGUAAGGCUGGUAGUCAUCAGUGGAGCACUUGGGCACCCAGAGUUCUAUCUGUGAAAACUAACACACACGUACACACUCAUACAGGAAGCCACACCUUAAAAUUAGCAAAUGAAGGGAGGCUUAAGCCCCUGUACAUGUAGCAUCUUCCUCUUUUCACUCCUAUUCAUGUCCCUUAUUUUUAAUGUAAUAGUGUUGAGCUGUUCCUUUAGAAUUCACGGCUCACUCAGUAGGAAAAGCAUAAACAAAGGGCUACAUGAACAUACACAUCUGCAUAUAAGUUAUUGGCAUUUUAAUUAUGCUAUGUCAGGACUAAGCUGGAAAAACAGAUAUAAUAAACUGAAAACAAGACCUGUGAAGCCUGUUAUGUGUAACAAUAUACCCACUGAUUCAACACAUUCCACUGUUUAAUCUCUCUCCACCAAGCAGUUCAAAAUAGGACGUCUUCUUAGGGUUCACUUUAAGUUUCUUGCAAAGAAGUAACCAAGAAGCCUUCAACUGAAACUUAAGUGUACAAUCUGCUGUAUUAUUUCACUGUACAAGUGUCAAAAAUAUUCAACAACUUCCAUCUGUGAUCCGCCAAAGUGAUGAUGCUGAUGGAUGUGGGCUGAAACACAUUUUUCACAGAUGUGGGGUCCAGGUACUGAAAUGUACAUAGUCCUGGAGAACAUGGUUUUGAUCUGUGAUGAGUCUCAUGGCAUUCAGAGCUACACUGGCUCAAAUACAAAAGCAAAAAUGUCUUCCGAUUCCAAACUGAAAAGAAAAA